AUGGGAGGAGGAGAGAGACCUGGGCUUUUGGUAAAGGAAAUCGGUGGCUUACAUGGGACACUGCAUGGUGUUCUGAAGAAAAUUUUCGACCUGAUCACCAUGAAGGAAUUUAUUGAAAACAGAAAGCAUAUGAGCAAAAAGGUCUAAGUGACCUGUUUGUGGUGGCACAAACCAGUCAUUGACCAAGAGCUCCUCCAGAGCCUGCCAAACUUGAAAGUGAUUGCAAAUUCAGGAGUAGGGAUGGAUCACCUGGAUCUGACACUUGUAGCUAGCUUUGGUGUGAAGACGGCUAAUGCUUCAUGUGCUGUUUCCAUCAGCACAGCAGAUACUAGUAUGGCACUGCUGCUGGCAUCUGCUAGAAGACUGGUGGAAGGCUAUCACAUUGCAAUUUCUUCAGGUAUGGAGUACCGUGAAGCCAAUUUUCUGGGAGUUGAAGUUACCGGAGCUACUCUGGGGAUCCUUGGCAUGGGCAGCACUGGGUAUAAGAUUGCUCUGAGAGUCAAAGCUUUUGAAAUGAACGUUUUUUACUACAACAGCGCACAGAGGAAGGAGCAAGAGGAGCGAGCAGUCGGCGCCACUUCCUGCGGAAGGGUAGACAACGUGCUCCAGCAGGCAGAUUUUGUGACGGUGGUGACGAGCCUGACACCUCAGACACACAACCUCAUUGGAAAAAGAGAGGUGGAGCUGGUGAAACCCACAGCUACUCUCAUUAACCUCAGCCGAGGUGCAGCAGUUGACCCAGAGGCGCGGGUGGCAGCUCUGCAGAUGGGUGUUGCCAGGGUCGCAGCUUUGGAUGUCACCUACCCGGAACCACAGCCCGGGUUGCCGUCUCUGCGUAUUUCUCAGGAACGCUGCUGUUGC